CUGUGACACUGAAGACUGGACAAGCGAAUGUUGGAAAUUCAGUUUUGCCAUCACAGGAAUAAAGUACAUUAAAAUAUAUUACAAUAGAAAAAAAGUCAUAAAGUCAUAAAGUGUAAUGUUGCACAAUAAUAUAACAGUUUUGCUCAAAUAAAUGCAGCCUUUGAUAGUAGCUUCUUUUAAGAUCAUUACAAUUUUUUAUUAUAUACAUUGUAUGCAUAUUUUGUGUAUAAUGUUAUAUAUGAAUAAAUAUUCAUAACUGAUUAGUUGGGUUAUUAGAAAUUUUAGUACUUUAAGAGUAUAAUCCUAAAACAUACCUUAGAACAAAACUAUACAGUAAUGGCAGGGGAACAAUAACAGAAGAUUUGUAAUGUCUUGGUUAUCGUCCAUUAAUAAAUGUAACUGUUUUUAAGCAUAAAUAUUGAUAUACUGAAACAGGACAUGUUUUAUUCAGGUUUGAUUAAACUUAGAGUCUCAUGCUGAGCACAAGUGCAGUGUCGCGUCGGUCUGCGGUAUUUAUUACAGAACACUCAUUGUUCUUGAGCUGAGUCCAUCACCCUUCAGGCUUUCUAUAAAGAAUAGAGCAGCCAUGGCAACAGCCGCUAGCUGAGUGUAACAGACAUUUCCAAACAUGCCGCUGUGCUGCAAGAAUGUAAAAUAAUCAGCAGCUACUAAACCGCUCAGGAAUAAAAACACGCCAUGCCUGAGGUGAGUUCACUUCUUUUAACGGAAGGACAAAGAGGACAAGUCUCAGCAGUAACUCAAAGAUGGCCACUCGUGAAAAGACAAUCAGCAAGCAACAGAGACCAUCUUUAAGGAUCCCAUUUGGUCAUAGACGUAGAACAGAUGUACUUUUCCUCAAAAACGGUCAGAUUACAUCAAAACACCCACGAUCCUUCCCAAUGCUGGGAGAACUACCUUCUUUGGCAGGGUUACUGCUCUAUCCUGGUAAGCGGGAAAAGAUGGUAACCACAACAGAAACUGAAUUUGGACCCAAAACCUGCCUAAAGGUAGAGCCAAAGAAGAUUCUACAGUGCAACCUAACUCUAGAUGGUGACAGGAGUUUUAACACAACAAAUAGAGAGGAUUACCCUUAUUACACACCGGAUGGCACUCCGAUCGUGUGCCAUGGAAGAGCCCAAGCAAGAGAAAGCAUGGCUGGCCAAGCACAGAGAUGUUCUCUGUACCAGCACGACUUCCCUGCUCCGAAACGAGUCUAUGUCAGGAGAAAUCAGGUCGUGCCUCAUCCUGACAACCUGGCCAUCAACACUUCAAUGAGAGCUGAAUAUAAAACAGUGCAGAAAGAAGCUUUUCCAGACUGGAAUGUGUCAGUGCACGCGCGUCCACCGCCGGCCCGUCUCAGAAGAACAGCUGCAGCUGACGGCUGAAAACCAUCAAUAACACAACAACUCCUUUAAAUCAAGCAUUUGUGUUAUCAUGCUUUACUUGUUAUCUUUAUCCUGUACUACGUGACAUUUAAUCUUUAGAAACUCAAAGAAAAUGUAUUUGUUUAAUUUUACGUUUAAAUUUGAGAUUUAAAUUUUUUUUUAUUAUACAGUACUGUUCAAGACUUUGAUGUCAGUAAUGGUUGUAUAUUCAAAAAAUAUAUUAUAUAUAUUUAGACUAGGCAAUGAUUAAACGAUUAAAGUUUUUGUUUAUAUAUUGUAUGUAUAUUUAAUAAAAAAUGUUAUGUUUAUA